GCCACAGCGCCGGGAGCUGCGGGCGGAGCAGGGGCCGCCCCUCAACACCCCGUCCCCGCCCCCGGGCCUCGGCCCGGCCGCCCGCCCCGCCGGCCCGCGGGGCCGCGCGUCCGUCCCGCCGUCUGUCUGGCGCGAGGGGAGCUGGGCAGAGGCGGCGGGUAAGUGGCUCCGCGGCGGCGUGGGGGCGGGGGGCUCGCCGGGAAGAGCAGGAAGCAGGUCCCCGGGACGCUCUGAGGCUCCCCAGAGACACGGCCUACCCACCCCUGGCAACCAACAUGGCCAACUUCACACCUGUCAAUGGCAGCUCGGGCAAUCAGUCCGUGCGCCUGGUCACGUCAUCAUCCCACAAUCGCUAUGAGACGGUGGAAAUGGUCUUCAUUGCCACAGUGACAGGCUCCCUGAGCCUGGUGACUGUCGUGGGCAACAUCCUGGUGAUGCUGUCCAUCAAGGUUAACAGGCAGCUGCAGACAGUCAACAACUACUUCCUCUUCAGCCUGGCGUGUGCUGAUCUCAUCAUAGGCGCCUUCUCCAUGAACCUCUACACCGUGUACAUCAUCAAGGGCUACUGGCCCCUAGGUGCCGUGGUCUGCGACCUGUGGCUGGCCCUGGACUACGUGGUGAGCAAUGCCUCCGUCAUGAACCUUCUCAUCAUCAGCUUUGACCGCUACUUCUGCGUCACCAAGCCCCUCACCUACCCUGCCCGGCGCACCACCAAGAUGGCAGGCCUCAUGAUUGCCGCUGCCUGGGUACUGUCCUUCGUGCUCUGGGCGCCUGCCAUCUUGUUCUGGCAGUUUGUGGUGGGCAAGCGGACGGUGCCCGACAACCAGUGCUUCAUCCAGUUCCUGUCCAACCCAGCAGUGACCUUUGGCACAGCCAUUGCUGCCUUCUACCUGCCUGUGGUCAUCAUGACGGUGCUGUACAUCCACAUCUCCCUGGCCAGUCGCAGCCGAGUCCACAAGCACCGGCCCGAGGGCCCAAAGGAGAAGAAAGCCAAGACGCUGGCCUUCCUCAAGAGCCCACUAAUGAAGCAGAGCAUCAAGAAGCCCCCGCCCGGGGAGGCCGCCCGGGAGGAGCUGCGCAAUGGCAAGCUGGAGGAGGCCCCCCCUCCGGCGCUGCCACCACCACCGCGCCCCGUGGCUGAUAAGGACACUUCCAAUGAGUCCAGCUCAGGCAGUGCCACCCAGAACACCAAGGAACGCCCAGCCACAGAGCUGUCCACCACAGAGGCCACCACGCCCGCCAUGCCCGCCCCUCCCCUGCAGCCGCGGGCCCUCAACCCAGCCUCCAAAUGGUCCAAGAUCCAGAUUGUGACGAAGCAGACAGGCAACGAGUGUGUAACAGCCAUUGAGAUUGUGCCUGCCACGCCGGCUGGCAUGCGCCCUGCGGCCAACGUGGCCCGCAAGUUCGCCAGCAUCGCUCGCAACCAGGUGCGCAAGAAGCGGCAGAUGGCGGCCCGGGAGCGCAAAGUGACACGAACGAUCUUUGCCAUUCUGCUAGCUUUCAUCCUCACCUGGACGCCCUACAAUGUCAUGGUCCUGGUGAACACCUUCUGCCAGAGCUGCAUCCCUGACACGGUGUGGUCCAUUGGCUACUGGCUCUGCUACGUCAACAGCACCAUCAACCCUGCCUGCUAUGCUCUGUGCAACGCCACCUUUAAAAAGACCUUCCGGCACCUGCUGCUGUGCCAGUAUCGGAACAUCGGCACUGCCAGGUAGGCAGGCAGGAGUGCCCUAGGAGGUGCUGGUGUUGCGUGCGUGUGCUGGGGGACCACACGGCUCACCUGCUGUGGGGAAGAGUUGCAGGCACCAUUCCGUGUUCACGUUUGCUGAGGAGGAAGCUCAGAAGAGGCUCUGUGGCUGCAUUCAGAGACCGGAUCUCUGCUCAGGCUGAGGAGGCUCACCCCAGGGAGUGUCUGAACUGGGGCCGCCUGGCCCACCUCUGUGGCCCUGCUUCGGCGAGCUGCGGGGCACUGGCCUGGGUAGACACCUGCCCCACUGUGACCAACCAUCAGCAGUGCUGGAAGAAUGGACAUCUGGAUGGGGGCUGAAGCCCAGGGCCCCCUCAGGAAGAACAAAGGGGCCAGUGCUUGGAAAAGGAGGCUUGGGAAGGGAGUAGAAGGGUGGGGUCCCCCAUUCUGCUGUAAUCGGUGCUUUCUGCCCCCCUGCACCCCGCAUGUAGGCUCAGCCCCCUCUCCCCAAAUCCCACUCCAGGGGCAGAAAUCUCUGGCUGCAGCUACUUAGCCAGGUUCUGGGUGGGUAUGAUGGAGGCCAGGUCCCCCCAACCCCAGCAGCACUGCCCUUGUCACAUUAAGAUGGGGCAGCUGGGAGGUCAGGGGUUCUGUCUCAGGAACUGAGGUCUGGCCUCUUGCAAUCCCAGGCUGAGCCGUGAAUGGUCCACUUAUUCAGAAGACAGCCCCCUGCGGCCCCAGCCUUAGAAGGCUAUCCCAGGUCACACAUCGAGUCAGGGUGAGGCGGUGGUGGGUGGCAUUCCCAUCUGCCCUCUUCAAACCACUCACCCCCUGGCUUCUGCAGGGUGGAGGCCUGGGUCACGCAGGCAAGAGGAAAGGGGUCAACCUGGUGGCUCACUUGGGCUUCCGUGACAGUGGGAAGGGGGGAGGCGGGCAGUGAGGUAGGCACACAGCCCCCGCAUCUGCUCUCCCCCAUGGGUAGAACUUUCCUGAUUGGCUAUGGGUUGUAUCAAAAGACCUUUGACUGGGUGAGGCUGAGAUGGGAGUGGUGGUUCCAGUGAGUCAGUCAGGUUCCCUUCCCCAGCCCUGGUCCCUGGGGGAGAUGAGGACCGAAAAGGCUUAGGCGACUUGAUGGGGGGCACCCUUUCAGGGGCCCUGGAAGAAAUGUUUGUAAUUGUUCUGCUUUUUCCAUGAGCUCUGGAGAGCACCCACCACCAAGCCCCCAAGUCUCCUGAAACCCACCAGUCCCUACAGCCUGGUCUUUCUCCCCACCUUCCCACUCCCAAACACAUUUCCACAGCAAACUCCUUGGGAAGGGGCUUUUAUAUAUUAAAAAAGAAAAGCUUUUAUUGGGGGGGAAAAAAAGUCAGUUUAUUUGAUGUGUUUCUUAGUAAUGGAAUUGUGGGGAAGAACAAAAGCGGGCUCUGGGACUCACAUUGCUUUGGGGGAGGCUCAAGCUUCCCAGAAUCCCUUGUCC